CGGCGGUUGCGAAGCUGCCGCCGUGCGCGGCCCGCCGGGUGCCGCGGCCUGCGGGCGGCCGCUGGUUGGCGGCGGAGAGACACGUGAGGGGGAGGGGGCUGCGACGGCGACGGCGGCGGUAGCAGGGGCAGGAGUUUCCCCGACAGCUGGAGGUUGCGGCGGCGGCUCCUCCUCCCCAGGUCCCAGUUAGAGCCUAGAGACCCCCCGCUCUCCUCUUUAUUGACAAACACACAAAGAGCCGCGCCGGGGCUGGGCCGGGGACGCGUCUGGAGCCGGCAUGGGAGACAAGAAGAGCCCGACCAGGCCGAAGCGGCAGCCGAAACCCUCCUCGGACGAGGGCUACUGGGACUGCAGCGUCUGCACCUUCCGCAACGGCGCCGAGGCCUUCAAGUGCAUGAUGUGCGACGUGAGGAAGGGCACCUCCACACGGAAACCUCGACCUGUCUCUCAGCUGGUUGCACAACAGGUUCCUCAGCAGUUUGUGCCCCCUACACAAUCAAAGAAAGAGAAAAAAGACAAAGUAGAAAAGGAAAAAAGUGAAAAGGAAACAACAAGCAAAAAGAACAGUCAUAAGAAAAGCAGGCCAAGAUUGAAAAAUGUGGAUCGAAGUAGCGCUCAGCAUUUGGAAGUUACCGUUGGAGAUCUGACGGUCAUAAUUACAGACUUUAAAGAGAAAACAAAGUCACCACCUGCUUCCAGUGCUGCUUCUGCAGAUCAACACAGUCAGAGUGGUUCUAGCUCUGACAACACAGAGAGGGGAAUGUCCAGGUCAUCUUCACCCAGGGGAGAAGCAUCAUCACUGAACGGGGAAUCUCAUUAAAGUUAAUUUCCUCCAGUUUCUUUAGUCUCUUCUCUUCAAAACGUGCAAAUACAUAACUUCUGUCACCUGUUACCACAUUUUCAUGACAGAUUAUUCAUGCAUAAUUGGUAUGUUGUCUGGAACAUAAUUUAUGCAGUUUUAAAAAGAGAAAAAAGAAAAAAAAGUGCAGUGGUAGAAACAAUAAUUUAAAUGCAAUCUACAAAUGCUUACGAAGCAUUUUCAGACCAACUCGCUAAUCUUCAUGUGUAAAGAUGCCAUGAAAAUGUGGUUUGAAUGUUCAUUAUGCAGUGUUAUUGGUAAGUCCAUUUUCACUUUUAGUUUAGUGAAUUCUAAUACAACUCUUGGAGUCUCUACUAUUGGCAUGUACUGAAUUGAAAUUUUUAUAACAUAGUUCAAGCUGCCUAAAUAUGUAUUAUUUGAGAAUUGUGAAACAUAGUUAUAUGUAUGCAAGUCAAAGAUCAACCUAAUCAACUAUUGCUGCAACAGAAUUUUCAUAAUAAUUAUCUUCUUAAAAACACCUGCUGGUACUUGGUGUGGUUAAAUAGGAAAAAUGUUAUUAAAUAAAACAUUUGUAUGAAUUUUUGCCAAUGUUUGACACAUUUUACUAGAUUACUGUAACUGAAUUAUGUUGAUGAUUUUACCAAUAUUUUUUUCACACUUAAAACACUUAUUGUAAUGUUUACAAGCAAAGCAGAAAACACAUUCUAGGUAUCUAUUGGUUUACCUUACAAUUCAGGUAAUUACUACAUUGUCACUGUACACUGGUAUUCUAUGUUGUGUAACAAAUAUUGAACCUCAGAUGAUCAUAUGUUUGGCAAAAACUAACAUUUGGAAAUAGGAAAGUUUGGAAAAGCUUUAAAAAUAACAAGUGCAGUUUUCACUUCUGCUUAGUGCUAGUUCCUUGCCCCAAAUUUAUCUAGUGUUGUAUAGAAUCACAGAAUGGUAGGAGUUGGAAGGGACCUCUGGAGAUUAUCUAAUACAAGCCCCCACUAAAGCAGGUUCACCUUAAUCAGGUUGCACAAGCAAGUAUACAAAUGGGUUUUGAAAAUCUCCAGAGGAGGAGAUUCCCUAACCUCCCUGGGGAGCCUGUGCCAGGGCUCCCUCCCUCACCCUCACAGUAAAAUAGUUUUUCUUUGUGUUUAGAUGGAACUUCAUGUGUUUCAGCUUUUGUCCAUUACCCCUUGUCCCCUCACUGGACACUACAGAAAAAAGUGUUGCCCCAACCUCUUGACAUGCAGCUUUUAAAUACUUGUAAGUGUUAAUGAGGUCCCCCCUCAAUCUCCUCCAGGCUAAACAGUCCCAGGUCUUGCAGCCUUUCCUCGUAUGAAAGAUGUUCCAGUGCUGUGAUCAUCUUGGUAGCUCUGCGCUGGACUCUCUCCAGAAGUUUCCUGUCCUUCUUGAGCUGGGGAGCCCAAAACUGGACACAGGACUCCAGAUGAGGCCUCACCAGGGCAGAGUAGAGGGGAACCUCCCUUGACCUGCUGGACAUGCUCUUCUUGAUGCAUCCCAGGAUGCCAUUGGCCUUCUUGGCCACAAGGGCACAUUGCUGGCUGAAGGUUAGGGGUCUUUGAUCACCACAGUCUGGGCUCUACUGUUCAGCCCAUUCUUGAUCCACCUCGCUAUCCACCCGUCCAUCCCUGAGCUUUCCUAUGAGGAAGUUUUGGGAGAUGGUGUCAAAAGCCUUGCUGACGUCAAGGCAGACAAUAGCCACUGUUCAAAGAAUGCCGUUAGGUUGGUCAAGCAGGACUUCCCCUUGGUGAAUCUGUGUUGACUCCCCCUGAUACCCAUUUUUUCCCUUGUCUGUUUAGAGAUGACAUCCAGGAUGAGUUGUUCCAUCACAGUUCCAGGGAUGGAGGUGAGGCUGACUGGCCUGUAAUUUCCUGAGUCGUCCUUCUUGCCUUUUUUGAAGACUGGUGUGACAUUGGCCUUCCUCCAGUCCUCAGGUACCUCACCUGUUCUCCACCAUUAUUCAAAAAUGAUGGAGAGUAGCUUAGCAAUAACAUCAGCCAGCUCCCUCAGCACUGGUGGGUGCAUCCCGUCAGAUCCCGUAGAUUAAUGGAUGUUAAGCUUGCCCAAUAGGUCAUUUCAUUACAGGAGUAUCACGUUGCACAAGAAUAAGAAAUAACAAUACUAUUACUUAUGUGUUCCUGAAUCAAUUUCUUUAAUAUUGAUUUGGCUUAUUAGAAUGUAUUAUGUCAUAAACCAUAUGAAAAAACUCAGUACCUGACUUUAUGGCAUAAAGUGUCAACAUUUAUGCACUUAGCAAUAUCAUGAUACAGAACAGAGCUAUUUGCAGUCCCAUCUGGUAUAAUGUAAAAUUACCAAUAAAAUAUUUUUGUGAAUACAGAUUUUGCAUUUUUGUUUACAACCAAUAAGUGUUUUGAUACACACAUGCAAUCUAUGUAUAGAUUAAAAAUUAUAGAUUCAGAUUCAAUACAUUCAGUCCAUUUAGCUGCUUUUAGUGAGGUAGUCCAGUUACAGUUCAGUGAUUCUUUUUCAUUCAAACUAAGUAUAUUUUUAAGCCCAUGUAAAAGUUGGAUGGACCUUCUUGGUAGUGAAUCCAGCCCUAAAUUAUUACCAACAUACGAUAUAUCUUCCUAACAGCUAAAACAAUGGUUUUUGGUAGCCCCUGACAAUUGUGAUGUUUGGUGAUUUCUUGUAGUAAUGUAUUUUUUUCUGUUUUUAAUGCAGUACUUCUACAGGCACAAUGGUACUGUUCUAUUUUGUAAGAUGCUAGUUGUGAAAUACAGUUAGUUGCAUAAAAUGGAAGUCUGAUGUGAUAUCUGAGAACAUACAUACCUCAUUCCUUGGUGUUGCUGUUUAAACUUUUUAAGACAUCAAAUGUUAUUUAUAGGCUAUUUCAGAUGGAUAACUACUGACCUGUUUAUUAUGUAUUCUACUUUAUCUGACUAAAUCGGAUGUCUGUUCAUUGCCAUUACCUGGACAAAUUUUAGUGUCUGUAAAACAAUGCAUUUUAAGGUUCUUAAAUGUUCUGGGGGCUGGGCUGGUGUUCAGAAUAACAUACCCUAGUUUUUAAAAGAAAAGAAAAAAAGAACCCUAUGCUUCUUAACUGUAUUUUUGUUAUAUUUUACUUUAGGUGGGUCUAUUUGCAGAAUCUGCUGAUGUAAUGGAUUAUAAGAGCACUGAAACUGCUCAAAGCAAGCAGUUUAAUGAUAGCGAAUCUCAUCUCAAGAUGUUUCAUGAAAUGUGUUUCUUACUUAAAAUGUAACGAAUGCAAACACAUUUCAGAAUUCCUUGCAAACAACUAAUAAUCUAUUGCCAGUGGUUCACUAAAUGGAAAACGUGUUUUCAUUUAACUUUAUGUGAAUAAACCCCCCAGCACCGCCAACUAAAGGUCUCUUUGUAUCUUCAGAAAUAAGUAGCCAUUUGGUUUAGAAGGAAGGGAGGUUGGAGUGGAUUUUACUACAAUUCAGUUGUCUCUGGAGAAUAAUCUCAAAAAUGGGGGCACAAGUAUGGUUGUAAUAAAAAUGAAUGCAGAAAAAUCUCCCUGUCUUUUAGAGAAUAAGACAUUAGAAAAGCAAUUUCGAACCACAGAUGCAAUGCAAGCCAGCCAGGAUCCAGCCCUUAAGAAUCUCUGAUUCUGUGAUCUGAAACCUGCUCUGUGGUGGUUUUAACUGAACUAUUCCAUUACCAGUGUUUACAUUGCAGUGAUGCCUGUGUUGGCAUUAAACAAAGUUGAGAUAAUUUUUGCCUGUUUCUGAUUAAAGGAAUGUGAUGAUACUGAUAGCAGAGUAGAUAAAUUCUAAGUAGAAUAUGGCAUUUGACUCUAUUCAUGAAGUUAUAAUUUAAAUGAACUUUCAUAAUUUCCGAAGUUUUGUUGACUUGUAGUAAUCCUAAGUCCUUUUUCUAACUGUAAAUAUAUUUAAAAACGUCUUUACUCCAUUUAUAAAAAGUGAAAAUUGAAUGUUGUAAUGUGUUUUGAUUAGCUAUUUUUCUCUGUGACUGCUCUCUGCACCAGAACUGCUAUUUGUUAAAUCUAUAUAUGCACCAGUCUCCAGCAGCCGUACAUCCUGGAUUGUUCAUGAAAUGGUGACCCAACAAAGACAAGAGAGUGAUAGUGUUCCAUGUAAAUGAGUUCCUUUAUGUGCUGAUUGAUUGUUCAGUUUCAGAAAGGAAAAGGGGGGAGAAAUGGGGGAAAAUGAAGUAUGAAUAGUUCAUUGAUAAAAGUGUACAAUUCAGUCUCUUAUCUUCCUAACAUUGCCACUAAUUGUAGGUGGUAUGAGAAACAGAACAAAUACAGAGUUGUAGACUAUGAUCCUUUUUUUUUUUUAUGGGUUUAUCUAAAUAUGGGAAAUAAAUAAGCAUUAUUCUACUUAGUAGCAGGUUAAGUGAUGACAUAAAAUCUUUAUUCUAACAGAAACAGUGGUAAAAAAGAAAUUAAAAUUCCUGAUUGUGAAAGUCUUGAGAUUAAGAAUACAACUAUUAGAUGUUUCUCUAGGUAUUUUAUGUUCUGGGGAACAGAUUGUAAAAUCUCCCAGAUAGUUUGGUUUUAUAAUUUGUGCACUUUUUUAAUAUUAUGAGAACACAUUUUUAGAUAGCCCUGUAAGACAGAAUUUGUUUACAACAGUUCAUUAUAGUGUUCAGGCAGGUUUUCUAGACUUGCCACAAGCGCAUGGCACUGCAUCUUAAGUUCAUUAAUUUUUGUUUCCUGUCUCAAGAGCCUGGCAGUUUCCCACGUUGUGUUGAUUGAUUAUACUUUUGUUAUACGGGAUGGAUUUGGAAUGGAACUGUACAUAGUGUACUUUUUAUGUUCAUCCAGAGUUCUUUAACUGUAUCUGCUUGUUUUUUUUCUGUCACAUGCCUUUAUUUAACUGUGCUCUCUACCAGGGAGUCUGGAUGUACUUCCAUUCAAAUAUCAGAAACUAUGGGGGAAAUUUAAUUUCUCUGAAGGCAGUAUCAAGUGCUAUACUUGUUGAAAAUUUGUCUUGUGCUUAUUCAGAAAUAAGACAGGAGUGAUAGAAAGUUAAUGCUGGUUUUGGCUAGGGGACCAGUUAAAUAUGAUGUUUUGCAAAUGUGUACUUCUAUCUUAACAUUAAGAUUCGAGUGUGCCAGAAAUAUUUUGAGCUUCCAAAGGUCUUUCUUACCUGACUUAUGUCAAGGCAAUCUCAAUUUGAAAUGAUAUAACUUCACAAAUUAGCAGGAGCCAUACAGUAAUAUCUGUUAAAAAUGAGGAAGCUCAGUUGGUUUUCUUUUGUGCUGUUUUAACUAGAGGAAAAACUGUUGAAAGAGACUUAGAGAUUUGUCUAAGACAGCAAUCAGGUAUUGAGCUUAAUUUGACAUCUAAAGAAGAAUGUGGAUUUUAAUAAGAAUUAACAGGAUUUAACUACUAAAUUAAAUUCAGAAAAGUACUUCACAAGCUAAUUACAAAUCAAUGCUUUACAAAAAUUAUUGUAACUUCCUGUCUAGGAUGGAGUAAAUGGUGUGCAACAACAACAGAUAGCUGUGCACUUGCUAGUAAAUGGUAUUCUCCAAAAGCAAAUGAUGUUUAAGUGACUUUCCUAAGAUAUUACACCAGAAUAUUGUGAUCUGUGAACAAAGCCUAGGAGUUCAUGUGUCUUUCCGCUCUGCCUGAACUAUACCAUUGGAUUCAAACUGUGACAGAAAAUGCAGCCAACAAAUAAAUUACUUCGAGAUCAUAGAGUCUUAGUAUUGCAGGAGCUGUCUACAGCUUCUGUUUAACUGUCAGUGAAAAGUAAUUAAAAUGAACCAUCACUGUCUAAUAUUUAAUCCCUUAGCAGAUGUUUUUGAUGUUUGUCGUGUCCCUUUUUUUAGUAGGAAACAGAUAGAAGUCAUCUGAAAAGAACUGGCUUUGUCUACCAACACAUGGGAUUGUAAGAGCAGACAGUUUAAUGGGUACAGGAAGUUUUAGCUGUACUUUCAAGGAGUUAAAUAUGGAACAUGAAGGACAAAAAUAUGUUCUUGUUAUCACAAGAGAUUGCUGCACCAUUGGAGUUUGUAAAAGAUAAAUGAUAACAAUAUGUAACAACUCCCGUACACUUUAAAAGAAAAUUGCCACCAGAAAAGAUAUCGUUACAAUAACAAUUAUUUAAAUAGUUCCAGAAUGUUAAUUAUUUUGUGGAAAGUAUAGCAUAUCUUCAUAGAGGAGCGAAUAUCUGAGCAAGAAGCUCUUCAGGACUACAUUGGCAGGAUGUAAGCCACCUGGAGAAGUGUAAUCUUUAAUUACACCAUUCUCUGUGUAUAAAUACUGAUCUUAGUCACAGUGCUUGCAAAGUGAACAAGCUCCCUUUAACUUUAUGAUUUUAAGAAACUUGGUUUUAAAUCAAUGGAGCUCUAAUUUACAGUAGAGUUAUUGAGAAGACAUCUGAGGAAAAGGGAGUAUUAAUCUGUUUCUUUGUAACCUCCUAACCAUGCUUGUAAUUUUCCUCUUUUGUAUGAAGAAGCAAAAGUAUACAGAAGGAGAUAUAUGUAACUGGAGCUAAUUAAUUUUGGCUCUUUACCCUCUUCCCAAACACCCUAGAUUCUACAGACUGCAAGUUCUGGUUGCAGUUCUUUGUCACUAGAGAAGGAUGGAGUUGUUCAAUCACUUUGCAUCUGUUAGUUAAGAUAAGCGAGUGAUCAGGCUGGUUCUACUUUCUGAAUACCCACUUUGGGAAUAUAGAGACCUAAUUUUCUGUUUAUGUGCAUCUAAUAUAUAACUACCAUCCAUGAAUAACAUAUUUCAAGCUGAUCCUUCUUUGCAUAGAAUAAGUGAAAAUGCUUCAGUGCCAACCCCAGUUCCUGAUGGUACCAGUCUCAGAAAGACAAUCUUCCAUCGGACUGAUCAUUUGUUACUGUAACAGCUUUCAGGUGUGAAUUAAUCUAAGCAAGGGAAAUCUUUCAAGGUCACAUAUAUCAGUUGAUUAUCACUACUCCCACCUCUGAAGAAAACACAUUCCAAUUCCUCCUUGCUUUUGUUUUUUAAAAGUACAUCUGUGGUAUAAGUGUAUGCAGUGAGUUUGAGUGAUUUAUUAUGCCUGCUUUUGUAAAUGGGCAACUUGUAUUCUCAGUUCUUCAACUAGAUCUUGAUUUCUGCAAGACCAACAGUGGUACAUGGAACUUAGGAGUCAUUACCAAUUUUGUCACCAUUGUCCUUGUUUCUAUAUUAUGACUUACUGAAGAGAUUCUUGCUGAGCAAACUUACACUGAUCCUGUACCCUUCAAGCAUUCUGGCUGAGGUAGCUCCUGUUCUGGGGUACCAGUUGCUGGUUGUCAUAUCGACAUUUCUGCAAAUGAUCUGAUUCUAUUGCUAGGAGGCUUCCAAGCAUGGGAAAGUAAGCAAAUUGCUUUCCGACUGAUGGAGGCGUAAUGUUGCCGAGUAAUUUGCAGUACCUGGAGGCUUUUUGAAAGGUGCAGGAAAAUGCUCUUGGUGCCAGCUGGAGGAGGUCUGAAGAGCAUGCACAAAUACUGAGUGCUUUCUUGGCUUUCCUACAGAAAUUCUAAGUAGGCAGCUUCUGUUUCUAAAAUGUCAAACACCUUUGAAAACCCUCAGUCUAACAAAAAAAGAGGAUAAAGGUGGAAGAACAAAGAAAAUGCAUUUUCAGAACAAUAUCUAGAAAAGCUUCUAUAUAAUGGCUUCUUUUUGUGUUUAGUAUUCCUUUCUCUGUGUACUAUAUUGGAAGUAGGUGGCAUCCCACACUUCAUACAGGUGUGUGUUGCUUUAUGAUUCUUGUUACUUGUUGGUUCAGUGAAUUUUGGCCUAAAGAUAGAUAUAGGUUUUUGUGAAUUUAAUAGUAAAUACCGUGAAUAUUUCACUCUCGGACACAGGUCAUUUAUUGAAAAGGCAGAAGUUUUGUUUAAAGAGUUCAUCAGGAGCAAUAUAAAUUCCUCUUGUACAUUUAGACACUACCCAGAUUUUAAAAGGUCUAAUUGCUGGACUACUCGAAAAGAGAUAACUUUAUGUAGAAAGAAUAAUAAGAACCCAGACUAGAAUGGAUGUGGCUUCUGAAGAGUUCUGUGGAUGGUAGUUCAUACGGCUGUUUUCAGUGACGAUUCCACACCUUGGCCCUUGAAGCAUUGGUAGAGCAUCCUCACAAACAAAUCAAAACUACCAACAGCACUGACAGAUGCUCUUAAAAUUUACUAAGUGCCUUAUACAGAGCAUCACUGAGGCAAUGGUUCAGUUGAAAGGAAGUUUGAUAAAAGAUUUACUCCUCUGGAUGGAGUCACAGGUUAUCAGUUGUAACCACGGUGAUGUUCCUGGUUAUAACACAAAAGUCUUACAUUUUAUUGCUGAUACAGGUACCUAAUAAGAAACAGUCCAAAAGUUUCAGAGGCUUUCAGUUUGUAAAUUCUACUUUCUUCAGAGGAGAUUAUUGUUUCUAAUCAGCAGUGAUAGCCUACUGGAAUAUCACACAAGUAAAUAAAAAGUUUCUGGAUGCUUUCACACUUCUCAGUUUCUCAGUCAAGGACAGUAUUACCUUUCUUGGGAAGGGAUACAUAAGUCGGUCUUGUUCAUAGGGUUUAUGUUUAUCCAACAGUGGUGUUUAAGGAUUUUCUUCUCAGAAAAAAAGGGCUUGUUAUUUUGAAAAUAAAAAUCUUACCUGCCAGGUGUCUUCCCCAAAAUGAGUAAGUGCCUUUUGUGUUCUGGCUCUUAGAAGUAUUUACUUUGUCAGAUUGUAUGUCCUGGAUAUAUCAACUGUAAGUACUGAGUGUUACCAAUGGCUUGAAAUCCUUUCACUGAAAGAACAAGAGACAGAAUGUAAGCCACAUAAAUUAUUUUGAGACCUGAUGUUAUCAGAAGUUUUGUAACUGCUGUGAGUAGUAUACUUCUAAGAACAAUGUAACUUUUCAGGAACUUGAUAUUGAUAGGAAAUAAAUAUUUAUUGAAAGAAGUAUAUUAAAUAAAUAUUUAUUUACCAGUUUAAGUAAGAGGAAAUGUUACACCGUGGGGGCAACAGUCUUGCUGUUAGCAGUCCUGACUACUUAAUGGAAAGUAAAACUGAGGCUCUGAACUCUGACUGUAAAAGAGUGUGUGGUAUUUGUUGAGAGAUUGGGGCUGUGACUCUUAGGUCCACAUUCUAAUAAAGUAAUUCUUCCUACCGAAGUUUUUAUCAAUUCUCAAGCAGAAAAGAAAGCAUGAGCAGAUAUCAGUAAGAGGCCCUCUGGUUUUAUUGGUGGUGCUUCCUAUCUCUAGAGGACUUUUUUUCAUUUUCAUUUUAAACUUUGCUCAGGACUGGUACAGCUGAAAGUAUAUUUUCCCUUCAUUCUUAAGCCUAGACUUUGAAUGGAGUUUCUCUGAGACACUUUUGUAGUGAAAUCUUAUUCCCUACAAACAUUGAAGACAAAAAUAAACAUCUCCGUGAUCAAAA